UAUAUCCCCACCAACACGCACAAAAUUAAAGGAUAUUUGACUUCAUUUUAGCAAUUUUUUUUUUCUUUUUAGCUGGAAAAUGUGUCUACAAUUUACUCGUGUCCGUCAUACUUAUAUUUAGAUCACUGGUCCGUCUCUCGAAAUGAGACUCACCCCACGAAAUUUCAAAAAUAAAGGAAAAAAAAAAAUCAAGUCUCCGGCAGCCCACCACCUGCUCGACGAAAUUCCUCAUCGAGAGCCAUGGCCGACGCCGCCGUGGAGUUCCUCCUGGUAAACCUAAAGCAGCUCCUCCUGUACAACGCGGGCCUAAUCGACGGGGUGAAGGACCAGGUGGAGUACCUUUACAACGACCUCAGCUUCUUCAAGGCCUUCCUCAAGGACUUCGCCGAGAGCCACCGGCGGCAGCAGAACCAGGUGCUGAAGGAGCUGGUCAAGCAGAUCCGUAACGUGGUCUUCGAGGCCGAGGACGCCGUCGACGAGUUCGUGGCCCACAAGGCCGAGCACAAGGCCCGCAAGCCCAUCGAGAAGGCUCUGCACAUGUUCGAUUAUCCGGCCAAGCUCAGGCAACUGGCCAGGGAGAUUGAGGGGAUUCGGUCCAAGGUCAAGGAUAUCUACGACAACAAGUGGUACGGGUUAGGUGUCGGGGUUGGAAUCAACGAUGGACCCGACAAGGCCUCCAAGGUUAAAAAGCCUCCAAUCGUCGAGGAAGACAACGUGGUCGGUUUCGAGGACGAAGCCAACAAAGUGAUCAAACUCCUCACCGAGGGUCCCGCCGAGCUCCAAGUCGUCUCGAUAAUCGGCAUGCCGGGCCUCGGCAAGACGACCCUCGCCAAGAUGAUAUACCGUGACCGUGACAUCAGUUACGAGUUCUACAGCCGAGCUUGGGCCUACGUCUCUCAGGACUACAGCCGCAGGGAAGUCUUCCUCUCCAUCCUCGCCUCCAUCACCCGCGUCACGGACACAACCAACAAAAUGAACGACGAGCAGCUGGCGACCGAGAUCCGCCGCACGCUCGACCAGAAUAAGUACCUGGUCGUCCUUGACGACGUGUGGUCCGAGGAGGCCUGGAACGACCUCAAGCCCGCCUUCCCGAGAAACAGCAGGGGCAGCCGAGUACUGAUCACGAGCCGCAUGAGGAAAGUCGCCAAGCAUGCCAACCCGAGCUCCGAGCCUCAUAACCUUCGGUUCUUGACUUCUGACGAGAGCUGGCAGCUGCUUCGGAGGAAGGCUCUUGGGUCGGAGGAAUGUCCGGAUGAGCUCGUGAGGGACGGGCGGCAUAUUGCGGACGAGUGCAAGGGACUCCCGCUGGCGGUGGUGGUGAUCGGAGGUAUUUUGCUCGAGAAGGGGACCGAAUGGUGGGAGAGGGUGGCGAAGAGUGUGGAUGCGUUUAUUUCCAUGGACGAGCAGAAGCGUGUGGAUAGCUUCAUAGAUAUGAGCUACAAUCACCUGCCGUACCACCUCAAAGCUUGCUUUCUCUACUUUGGGAUGUUUCCGGAAGAUUUCGAGAUCCCCGUGUGGAGGCUUGUACGCCUGUGGAUUGCCGAGGGUUUCGUGCAGGAAAACGAGGACAUGAUCCUGGAGGAUAUCGGGGAGGAAUACCUGGAGGAUCUCGUGAGUCGGAACCUGGUGAUGGUGGGACGAUUGAAACCGAACGGCAAAAUCAAGACUUGCCGCGUUCACGACGUGCUCCGCGAGUUCUGCAAGAAGGAGGCAGCGGAGGAGAAGCUCUUCCACGAGAUCAGGCGUUUCGAUUCGGUCCCGGCCCUCGACGGCCUCCGCAGCCGCCGCCUAUCCAUUCAUUCCCGCGUGCUCGACUAUAUCUCGUCAGGGCCCGCGGGCCCGCACAUCCGCUCCUUCCUCUCCUUCUCCCCCGACGAGACUCCCCUCCCCCCCGAGCACGUCUCGUCCAUCCCCGCCGCUUUCAAGCUCCUCCGCGUCUUGGACGCUCGCACGUUGAUCUUCCCUCGAUUCCCCACCGGCCUCGCCCACCUCGUCCACCUCAGACUUCUCGUCCUCUCGAUCGGCAGCAAGAUCUUGCCCUCGACUCUCUCAUCUCUCUGGAACCUCCAAACCCUCAUCGUCCACACUUCCUCACGAACGCUCGAGGUCAAAGCCGACCUCUGGAAAAUGAUUCAGCUGAGGCACGUGAAGACGAACGCGUCCACGUCACUCCCGGGCCCGCUCUCCAAGUCGAGGAAAAAAAACGAUGCGACGAUAAUGGUCGGAGGCCUGCAGACUCUCUCCGCGAUAUCGCCCGACAGCUGUACGGACGACGUCUUCGCCCGCGCGCCGGGCUUGAAGUCCCUCGGCAUCCGCGGCCAGCUGUCGAAGCUGAUGGAGGUAAGAGGAGUCGGUUUCGACAGCCUCGGGAAAUUGGGGCAUCUCGAGAGCCUUAAGCUCUUGAACGACGUGUUCCCCCGGCCGCCGUCGGAGGCGAGGCUGACGGGGCUUCCCGGGACGUAUAAAUUCCCGCCAAAACUGAGGAAGCUGACGCUUUCGGACACACUGCUCGAGUGGAAGGAGAUGGCGACUGUGGGGAUGCUGGAGAAUCUGGUGACGCUGAAGCUGAAGGACAAUGCUUUCGAGGGGGAGACGUGGAGAGCAGCGGACGGGGGUUUUCGGGGGUUGAGGUUUCUGCAGAUGGGGCGGUUGAAUCUGGUGAGGUGGCAUGCGACGGGAAAUCAGUUCCCGAGGCUGAAGAGUCUGUGCGUGAGGCACUGUGGGAGUUUGGAGGGAUUGCCGUUGGGUUUGGGGGAUGUUUCGAGCCUGCAGACGAUUGAUUUGUACUGCACGACUGUGUCGGCAGCGGCUUCGGGUAGGAGGAUUGAGGAGGUGAAGAGAAGUGGUGGGGGAGGGAAUGGGUUUAGGCUGUCNUGUGUUCUCUAG